UCAGUCCCGAGCGCCGCUGCGAAGCAGUGGGCUGCAGCCAGCCUAGAGAGCUGCGCCGGGGAGGCGGCAGUGUCCGCGGCCGUCGUGUGAGGAGGGUCGGAGCCCGGCGACUCCCGCAGCGCGAUGGCUCCCAUUGGCCUCAAAGCGGUGGUCGGAGAGAAGAUCAUGCAUGAUGUAAUAAAGAAGGUAAAGAAGAAGGGAGAGUGGAAGGUGUUGGUGGUUGACCAGUUAAGCAUGAGAAUGCUCUCCUCCUGCUGUAAGAUGACGGACAUCAUGACCGAGGGGAUAACAAUUGUGGAAGAUAUCAACAAGCGCAGAGAACCACUCCCCAGCUUGGAGGCUGUGUAUCUCAUCACUCCUUCUGAGAAGUCUGUCCGCUCUCUCAUCAAUGACUUUAAGGAUCCACCGACUGCUAAAUAUCGAGCUGCUCACGUCUUCUUCACUGACUCUUGUCCAGAUGCCCUAUUUAAUGAGCUGGUAAAAUCUCGAGCAGCCAAAGUCAUAAAAACGCUGACUGAAAUCAACAUUGCAUUUCUCCCAUAUGAAUCCCAGGUGUAUUCCUUGGACUCUGCUGACUCUUUUCAAAGCUUCUACAGUCCCCACAAGGCUCAGAUGAAGAAUCCUAUACUGGAGCGCCUGGCAGAGCAGAUCGCAACUCUCUGUGCCACCCUGAAGGAGUACCCAGCUGUGCGGUAUCGGGGGGAAUACAAAGACAAUGCCUUGCUGGCUCAGCUAAUCCAGGACAAGCUUGAUGCCUAUAAAGCUGAUGACCCAACAAUGGGAGAGGGCCCAGACAAGGCACGCUCCCAGCUCCUGAUCCUGGAUCGUGGAUUUGAUCCCAGUUCCCCUGUACUUCAUGAAUUGACUUUUCAGGCCAUGAGCUAUGAUCUGCUGCCUAUUGAAAAUGACGUAUACAAGUAUGAGACGAGCGGCAUCGGGGAGGCACGGGUGAAGGAAGUGCUCCUGGACGAGGAUGACGACCUCUGGAUAACACUGCGCCACAAGCACAUUGCAGAGGUGUCCCAGGAGGUCACCCGUUCUCUGAAAGAUUUUUCUUCUAGCAAGAGAAUGAAUACUGGAGAAAAGACCACUAUGCGGGACCUGUCCCAGAUGCUGAAGAAGAUGCCCCAGUACCAGAAAGAGCUCAGCAAGUAUUCGACCCACCUGCACCUUGCUGAGGACUGUAUGAAGCAUUACCAGGGCACUGUAGAUAAACUCUGCCGAGUGGAGCAGGACCUGGCAAUGGGCACAGAUGCUGAAGGGGAAAAGAUCAAGGACCCCAUGAGAGCCAUCGUCCCCAUUCUGCUGGAUGCAAACGUCAGCACUUAUGACAAAAUCCGCAUCAUCCUUCUGUACAUCUUUUUGAAGAAUGGCAUUACUGAGGAAAACCUGAACAAACUGAUCCAGCAUGCUCAGAUUCCACCGGAGGACAGUGAGAUCAUCACCAACAUGGCCCACCUCGGGGUGCCCAUCGUGACAGAUUCCACUUUGCGUCGCAGGAGCAAGCCAGAACGGAAGGAACGCAUUAGUGAGCAGACCUACCAGCUCUCACGAUGGACCCCAAUUAUUAAAGACAUCAUGGAGGACACUAUUGAGGACAAACUUGAUACCAAGCACUACCCUUAUAUCUCUACCCGCUCCUCUGCCUCUUUUAGUACCACUGCGGUCAGUGCCCGCUAUGGACACUGGCAUAAGAAUAAGGCCCCAGGGGAGUACCGCAGUGGCCCCCGCCUCAUUAUUUUCAUCCUUGGGGGCGUGAGCCUAAAUGAGAUGCGUUGUGCUUAUGAGGUGACUCAAGCCAAUGGAAAGUGGGAAGUGCUAAUAGGUUCUACUCAUAUUCUUACUCCCACCAAAUUUCUCAUGGACCUGAGACACCCCGACUUCCGGGAGUCCUCUAGGGUAUCUUUUGAGGAUCAGGCUCCAACAAUGGAGUGAGAGCCAAAGAAACAAAGAUCCACGCACAUUCUCACCCCACAGAAACUGCUGGACACACUGAAGAAACUGAAUAAAACAGAUGAAGAAAUAAGCAGUUAAAAAAUAACAUGUCACCCCUCCAAGCAGUGCACUCUCUUCCCACUGGUGCCCCCGGCUCCCACCCUGCUGCUGACCACCUCCGUUUCUUUGCUGACCCCCCCCAUUGCCUCCUUUGCCAGUUCUGCACGCCCUAGCCGGCACUGUCGCCGCUGCAUUCUCGUGUUUAAUGAUGCCCUCUUCUCGUUUGAAACAAAAGAAAAGAAUGCAUUGUGUUUUUUUAAAAAAGAGUAUCUUAUAUAUGUAUCUUUAAAGGAGAAAUUCUUGUGCAACUGACGCACUGCUGGAAAUUUUUUGAACUGUGUAGAAUGAAUGGACUGACACGUUCUCCUGGGGUCCCCUUCUCCCCAUUAUUUAUGGCUCUGUGAUCUUGUACAUAACCCAGUGUGACAUGUGGAAAUUGCUUGAGUAUGGAAAAGUAGAAGUUUGAGUGUUUUUUAAAACUUAUUUUAGUUUGUUCCUGUUCUUGUUGGGAAUCAUAGAGGUGUCUGUGUCUUUGAAGUAUCUCAAACUGAGGAUUAAUCUGUUAUCUUCACUCCAGUUCCUAUCCCUCAGUGCCCUUUUUCAUCCACAUAACUUGGAAGUGACGUCUCAUGAGUUUGGAGGUGGAAUAGACCUCUUCUCUUUCCCCAGUGGCUCAUACCCCGGGAGCGUGGCUCUGGGUGGGGGUUAGGAGUGUCCCCGUGAGAUCCGACUGGGUGCUGGCUGGCGUCUUUUCCUUCCACCUCUGGUCACUGCUCUCCUGCUGGCCUGUUCCCACAGGGCUUGAUCUUGAGAGAAGCGUUCUCCAGUCCAGGUCAUAAUGCCCAGGCAAGCAAAAAGUGAGCUCCCAACCAGGGAACUUCAUCUCUUUUGGAGAAGCAGUUAGGCCUGAUCCUAUUGACCAGACUCCUCCUUUCCCUAGGCAUGACCCUAACAGAGCUUUUUCUUAAUAGGGUCAGCUGGGUAGAUCUCAAGCAUCAGGAAUGGACCAGAGCACAAUGUCAAAGGCCCCUUUUCUGCAGAGGAGGCUUCUUGCCCUAAGUACUUCAAACCACCUGAAGAAUAGUCUGUUGGAUUUGUACAGACCCUACAUCCACUCAGCAAACAACUUUUGUCAGAUUAUCCUCAGUCUAAGAUUCUUCAUAAUACUUUAUUUUGUGUCAUAUGGGGUCUUAUGUCAUUGUGCUUGUAAGAGGAAAGGACCAUUUUACUCUCUGUAUAAACACUUAGCUGUAUAAAACUUAGCUCUAAAGCAAAAAUUUAAAAAGCAAAUGCAGGAAGGAUGUCUUGUCAUCCUCGAGACUCAGCAGGUCUCCGUUCUCUGGUAGUGAGCACACUAUUUGUUCUGCUACUGUUGUCGUGAAAUAUGACAGUGGAAGUCACAAAAAAUGUCCCUUCUCCAUCCCCCUUGCUGCCCUUUAACUCCUGCAGACCGUGUGUAUGUUACUGUGUCUCGUGAUGUUGCUGCAAACGUGGUGUAUGCUAGUUUAAUGCGCCCUCCCACUUUCCUUUCAGAAUAUGUUCCUCUCCCCCUCCCUGGUAGUUGCGUUGUGAUGUUCUCUUCUCAAGGCUUUGAAAUCUCCCCUGUGCACUCAGAUUAGUUUCAGGUCUCUUCCCUCCGUCUCCCUCCUCCCCCUUAAUAUAUCUUAUUUCCUUAGGACAGAACUCUAGGUACUUGCAUUGGUUUUGUUCCUUACUGUUACUGCUUGUUUUGUCCCCUCCCUUUGACCAAACAAUGGUCAUGCUUCAAGACCUUGUUUGUUGAAUGUGUUGGUUUUCCUUACUCUGUUAUUUAUAGAAAAAAAUAAUUUAUCAAAAGGAUAUUUUAAAAAGGCUAGUCUGUCUUGAAACUUGUUUACCUUGAAAUUAUCAGAAUAUCAAUGUUUGAAAGUAUUGAAGCAAAAACGUGUAUCAUCUCUGUACCGUUCUGUACUAAAGCACUGAAGUCUAAUAAAUAAAUAAAUCACCACCCAUUCACGGUG